UUCCCUUCCUCUCUCUCUCAAUGCUUCUCACUCUCACUCUCACUCUCUCGCACGCUAAAAGGCAUCGCCUUUGAGCUCCUUCACACACACGCACACGCACACGCACACUCUCUUUCGCUCUCUCGCUCUCUCGCUCUAUCUCGCACGCGCCUUCUUCUAAUCCCUUCGAAUUUGCUGAUCCAUCGACAAUUGCAAGACAUGGCUGGAAUGGCCCCAGAAGGAUCUCAAUUCGAUGCACGACAAUACGAUGCCAAAAUGAGCGAACUGCUGAAUCAAGAAGGGCAGGAUUUCUUUGCAUCAUAUGAUGAAGUUUAUGACAGUUUUGAUGCCAUGGGUCUCCAAGAGAACCUCUUGAGGGGCAUCUAUGCAUACGGCUUUGAAAAGCCUUCGGCAAUCCAGCAAAGAGGAAUUGUCCCAUUCUGCAAGGGCCUGGAUGUAAUUCAACAGGCACAAUCCGGUACUGGAAAAACCGCAACAUUCUGUUCCGGAAUUCUUCAGCAGCUCGACUAUGGCUUGCUGGAAUGCCAAGCUUUGGUCCUCGCUCCAACCCGAGAGUUGGCACAGCAGAUAGAGAAGGUUAUGCGAGCACUUGGUGACUAUCUAGGAGUAAAAGUCCAUGCCUGUGUGGGAGGAACUAGCGUUCGCGAGGAUCAACGUAUUCUUGCUAGUGGUGUCCAUGUUGUAGUGGGAACGCCAGGACGUGUGUUUGACAUGUUGCGAAGGCAGUCCCUCCGCCCCGAUCAUAUUAAAAUUUUUGUGUUGGAUGAGGCAGAUGAAAUGCUUUCGCGUGGUUUCAAGGAUCAGAUCUACGACAUCUUCCAGCUCCUCCCAUCCAAAAUCCAGGUUGGCCUCUUCUCCGCCACAAUGCCCCCGGAGGCCCUCGAGAUCACCCGCAAGUUCAUGAACAAGCCUGUGAGAAUCCUUGUGAAGCGUGAUGAGCUCACUCUCGAAGGUAUAAAGCAGUUCUACGUCAAUGUCGAAAAGGAAGAAUGGAAAUUCGAGACCCUCUGCGACCUCUAUGAAACCUUAGCUAUAACACAGAGCGUGAUCUUCGUCAACACCCGCCGGAAAGUAGAUUGGCUCACCGAAAAAAUGAGAAGCAGAGAUCACACAGUAUCAGCAACCCACGGCGACAUGGACCAGAACACUAGGGAUAUCAUCAUGAGGGAGUUUAGAUCGGGCUCUUCUCGUGUGCUUAUUACUACUGAUCUUUUAGCUCGUGGCAUUGAUGUGCAACAGGUUUCCCUUGUCAUAAAUUACGAUCUGCCCACCCAGCCGGAGAAUUACUUGCAUCGGAUUGGGCGGAGCGGGCGGUUUGGAAGGAAGGGUGUUGCAAUCAAUUUUGUGACCCGCGACGAUGAAAGAAUGCUGUUUGACAUUCAGAAGUUCUACAAUGUUGUGGUAGAGGAACUGCCAUCGAAUGUUGCUGAUCUCCUUUGAACGUGUGGUUUUUGGCUAUAUAUCUAUGUAUGAUGUUUAAUCUAGCUGUCCUGUUAGAAACAUGAAUAAUCUUGUUUAUGAGAACUAGGAAAUACGCUUUCACUCGUAUAUGUGUUGGGUCGAUGCGCAGUGGUGGUCAGGUGAGUAAAUACUUAUACCAUCAUUGCAAGAGUCUAUAGCAGGUGUAUUUUGGUCUACAGGGGCUUGGUGACGUCGAAUGAAGCAUUUUGGUUUGGUUUGGUUUUGUUAGGUUA